GCGCAAGAUAGGUCUUGCCUUGUGUUGUACCCCUCUACCCUGGUUCUAUGGCGGCGUGGUUAGGCGGCGAAGAAGAUAAGGCUAGGCAGCUCAUCUAGGAUAGAGAGAGGGCUCGUCCUUGGUAAUCCUAAAGUAAUUGGGAAAGGAAGCGAGAAGAGGAAGUGGGUUGGGAGUUGUGGCAUCAAGUCUACGCCCUUCUUCUUGAACGGAUUUCUCAACAUCUCGAGGCUACAGAUAAAUAGAAGGGACAUCUACAGAUUCGUUUAGCCUGAAGUAAAUUCUUGUCAGUCCAGGGUGAGCCUUCUUUGGAUGCUACAGUUCACUCUUUCACGGGCAUUAGACCCGUAGGGACUUCGGAAAUGUCACAAUUUCACCACACACAGCAUGGGGGUGAUGGUGAUUUUCAGAUGUGGCAACAACAGAUGAUGUACAAGCAAUUGCAGGAGUUCCAGAGACAGCAAAAUGCCCAGCAGAUUGAUCAUGGAGGCAGGAUGCAGCCCUCUUUUGGACAGUUUCAAGCUCCAGCAAGAGCAGCACCUGCUGAUCAAUUGCCGGUGAUAUCAAAUGAAAUGCCAAACAACGAGGCCACGGCUUAUGUGUGGCCACAAAAUUUUGCUAGUGGUGACCCAAGGUUGCCAAGCAACUCACAAAUGGCGAAUACAGGUAGUAACACAAACUGGGAGCAGUAUGGUGGUGCUCCUGCCAUGGGCAAUUUCAUGAAUGGUUCGGUAUUUCCAAAUACUCAAAGUCAACCGAUGCGACCAAUGGGGUUAGCUACACAGCAAAUGAACCAGUCGUUCUAUCAAAUACCUGCUACCAGCAGAGGCGGGUCUGUUAACCAGUACCCCCAGUUCUUAGGGAUCCCAGCUGAUCUCCAGAAUGCAAUGACAAGGGCAGGUACACAUCAGCCUGAAAAGGUAUCAAGGCCAUUUAGCUCGUUAAUGGACGAACCUAGUCCGCAGGAGAAAGGUGCCUCCAGUUCUAUGCAGAAUUUUCGAGGAAAGGGAGGCUUCUUAAGCAAUAGUCCCUUACGAAGUCAAGGUGAUAAUAACAAGGCAGGUAGCCCUGUUCCAGUGAAUCAUCUACGACAUGGUUUUCAACUCCAAGAUUUUCAUGGUAGGCCAAACCAACCCCAAGCGGGCCUGCAAGAGAAAUCAACAAUGCAGGCAGCGCCAGCAAGUGGUGGCGCUAGCCUUGACCCUACUGAGGAGAAGUUCUUGUUUGGGGAUGAUGAGGAUAGCAACUGGGGAGCUUUGUUGAAGGGAGACAAUGAUCAUGGUAAUUCUUUGGAUAAUGAUAACUUUGGUGGUGCUUUGCCAUCUCUACAGAGUGGGAGCUGGAGUGCUCUUAUGCAGGAAACGUUACAGUCUUCAACCAGUAAAGAUAAUCCCAAGGAAGAAUGGAGUGGCCUCAGUUUGCAGAAAACACAGACAGUUGCCAAUAACUCAACUUUACCAGCUCGUGAUCAGAGUAAGCUUGCUGCAUUAAGCGGUGGACUACAGAAUGCACGACCCUCGUCAGCAUCUAGCUAUGGUGAUGGAACAAUGAAUAAUCCAGAUUUUACCAGUUUUCAGCAUGCUACAAGAAGUGCGUACGAGCAAAGAGACAAAACACAGCAUGAGUCUCCUCGUGCUACUGUUACCAAUCAUCAGUCAACUGCAGAAGCCAGUAAUGGGUAUAUCCAGCAGAGCUUGAAGCAAAAGCAGUCUGAUGAAUAUGGGAGACAAGAACAGGUGCACUUGUCAAAUGGCAAUUGGGCUCAGCAGAAAUCUGAAACGCCAAGAAAUAACUCACACUCAACUGGUGCACCAUCAAGCACACAUGCAUUUUGGAUGUCACAACAAAACACUGUUGAUCAUAAUACCAACCAGGAGUCGAGCAAUAGCCAGAAUGACUGGAAAAGCAACAGCCCCCUUGGACAAGACAUCAGCAGUACUCAAAAUGUCUUUAAUAGUGAUGGAAACUUCUGGAAGUCAAGUGGAGGUAAUGCAAAUUCAGUCCACAGGCUUCAGCAGAUGAAGCCUGAUAUAAGCACAUCGCAAAUGCAGAAGGACAAUUCUGAUGGUAAAGUUGUUAGUAUGAUGGGCUCAAGCAUGCCAACAAUGAACCCGAACCAGCAUCAGAUGGUUAUGGGUCGAACUGGUGAGCAUGGUGGGAUAAACCAUAACAUCGGACGCAGGGGUUCAGAAACCUCAGAAUCUUUAAGAAGAAGUGCUGAGCCAAGACCAAAUGACUGCAACCAGGAGUACCAAAAUGCAAUACAUAUGGAUAGGCCAGGAAACAUUUUAAAUCAUGGGCAGCAUGUGAACAGUGACCAUGCUGCCAGGAGGCAUCCUUUCUUUGCUGCAAAAGAAUCCCAAAAUCUGGGUCAAUCAGGUCAGCAAGCAGGGGGACCUUACAUGUUGCAGAACCAUGCUAUGGACAACACAGGGGUAAACAUUAGGCAUUCUCCGGGUAAUCCAGUUUUGAACAAUCAGUUUCCCACUCAGUCACUUCAGGGACAAAAUAACCUGAAGCCACGAUUUGUCACCAACUCUCAAAUUGCUGCCAAUAUGGCUUCAGUUAAUGAGAAAAUGCUGGUUGGGGAUGAACAAUUUAAAUCUCGACAUGGUGUCACUAACAGUUCCAGUGCAUCACCCUUUGGAGUAUCUGAUGCCGUCCUGUCUCAGAACAGAGCAGUUCAGAACAGUCAACAUAUGCUGCAACUUCUUCAUAAGGUGGACAACUCAACAGAUAGCAAUGCACUCACUGACAUGGCCAACAGUCCUCUCGAUAAUGCUGCUAAUAGUCAGCAACAAUUUAAUCAAUCUUCUUUGCAAGGAUUUGGAUUAAGACUAGCACCACCGUCCCAGCGACAUCCAACUUCAGAUCAUUUAUGGUCCAGUCACACUAAUGCUGAUGGCAAGCAACCCGAACACUCAGCAAGGGGAGAACACCAGGCCCAGCUACCUUCCAGUGCCACCCAGUAUUCGUCACCUGCUCAUCAAAGCUCACAGCCAACGCCAACACCAUUUCAUUCUUCGGAAAUGGGUGGUACUGGACAACCAGCUGCACAUUUCUCCCAGUUAAGUUCCGGGCAGCAAUAUCCUGUGCCAGACGCAAGACCAGGUUCUGUACCCAUGCCUCAGCAAGGCAGCACAGCAACAGUAUUCAAGAAUGUAUGGACAAACAUAUCGGCACAGCGUCAAGCUGGUAUCCAAUCUAACAAGAUUACACCCAAUAUUCUCCAGUCUAUGAUGUUUUCCAACAACGCACCAGAUUCCAACUUAUGGGGUUCGCAAAAGGCAGAAGACCAAGGACAGAAGGCUUCAACACCACCUGAUGUGGCCACAAGUUCUGCCAAUUCACAUAAUCAAGAGACAAAACAAGCUGUGGACAGCGAUGCAGGUUUAGCCUCUUCUGAGAUGGCAAAUUUUGAUUCGACUGGAGCUCCUGUACACAGAGGGAAUCAAACCCCGCAGAAGCAUUCUUCAGACGGGAACUUUGCAAUUCCUGCUUCAUCCUUGGCACAAUUGCGUCAGCAAGGUAUCAUGAACCCUAGACAGGGUGAGAACCCUGCAGCUAACUUUCAGGUUAUGAAUACUUCUCACAACAGUGGUACUAACACGAGUGGUAUUGGGUUACAUGGAAACCCAACACCUUCAAGCCUCCAGCAGACAAAUUUCGCUCUUCUGCAUCAAAUGCAAGCAAUGGGUCAUGUGGAUGUUGAUCCAGGCAAUAAAACUGGAAAGAUACUUAAACCAAAUGAGAUUAGUUCUGAUGCGUCGCAAGGUGACUGGAAGUCUGCUCAGAGGUUUGCACAUGGAGCCAAUAACUCACUCAGGUCGUCCAUAGAUAACAUUGGCAGUACUAGUGUCCAAGGGUCAUUCCCUUCAGAUAUGAAAAUGCUAAGCUUUGCUCCAAGGAACAAUGAGGAGAGAAAUACAAGCAUAGCUUCUCAGAUCCCUUCUAGGGAAGUUCCCUCUCAUGGUAUGGCCGUGCGUAAUGAUCAUCAAAGUCAAGUUCAGUCUCUUGGGACAAAUGCAUCAUCAAGUUUGAUUGAAAGAAGUGAGAGACCUGGGAUAAACCCUCAAAUGGCACCCUCUUGGUUUGAACAUUAUGGAAAUCAAAGAAAUGGUCAGAAUCAUUCAGUGUUUAAUGCUCAGAAGAACCCAACUCCACCGUAUAAUGUUCCAAAAGCUUGGUGCAUGGAAAAUAACUCCCUUGAGGAUAGAGCUGAUGCAGGCCAAGCUGCCAGGCCUUUGGUGCCUAGCAAUAUGAAGGCAGCUUUGGUGACAAGGCCAAAGAAGCGCAAAUUUACAGAACGUGCUCUUGUUUCUUGGCAUAAAAUCAGUGAAGGCACUCAAAAGUUGAGAAAGACAAGCACGAAUGAGAUGGAUUGGGCUUGGGCAGCUAAUAGAUUAAUUAAGAAGUCUGAGGAUGAUCCAGAAAGUCUGGAAGAUGCCCCGGUAACUUAUUUACCACGCAAAAGGCUAAUUAUGACCACAAAGUUGAUUCAGGAAGUUUUCUCUGCUAUACCACCAAGAGUUCUGAGAGCACAAGCUGUAUCAGCUUAUGAAAGUGCUACAUACAAUAUCGCAAUGGUCACGCUAGGAGAUACAUGCAUCAUCUCAUCAGAUAACUCUCGGGCUCUUGCAGAUAAUGAAAAUAACCCAUCUGAACAAAGAACAAGUGCCAAGCAAAUGGAAGACAAGUUAUCAAAGGUCGUGGAAGUCUUUGUUGGAAGAAUCAGGAAAAUGGAAAACGACUAUCUGAGCUUGAGCAAGAGAGCUUCAAUGCUAGAUGUGCAUCUGGAGUGCCAGGAUUUGGAAAGGAUUUCAAUCGUAAAUCGUCUGGGAAGAUUCCAUGGCCGUAACCAUGCAGCUGGUGUCGAGGCCUCGUCUGGCUCACAAAUGGUUUCUCGCAGAAUUUUCCCUGAUAGACAUGUCAUGUCUUUCUCCGUGCCAGGAAAUCUUCCCGAAGAGGUGCACUGUUUGGCACUCUAGUGCAUCGGUUUCUUGCAUUGUUCCUCAACCUCUCAGAUCACCUGUGUGGCUACAAGUGUGAUUUCCAAUGCUCCCUUUUCUCCUGCAAAGCAUGGCGUUUAUACAGAACGGUCAGAUCCAGGGGUGGUUUGGAAAUCAACCGUCGUAUAUGCCACGGAGACGCCAAGGGAUGUGUCCAGCCGAUCAAGCUCAGUGCGGGCUGUUGUUAUUUCUCCCUUGUAUGAAGUAUAGGUCCCCUGUAUAUUGUGGAAAAGUAUGAAGGGAAAAAACCGUGGACCUCGCAUCAUUUUGCUGAUGAAGGAAGGGUGUUAGCUUCACAAUUCGUUAGAGAAGUCGAUGCUUACUAGCUUUAGUACAUCUAGUGGAAAUUUCCGCUACUUGUCAUCUUUUUAUCCAUGAUGAUGAAGAAAGAGUGUUGGCAGUUUAGAGGGGUGAAUAAUAACGAGAGCCUUGUCCUCUGGGUUCUUUUGUUCCUUUAGGAAUGGGAUGCAAAUUGGCUAGCGGUGUCCAGAGUCGAACUGACCUCCCCCCUUUGUUGUUACUUGUUAGUCAGCAGUUGAUUACUUGUGUUAUGUAGUGCUGAGAGCAAUUCAUGGAGCGAACAAAAACGCCGGGUAAAGCGCUUGUAAACUGUUGUAAUCUUAUAUAAAUCCCUGCGAUGUUGAAGCCCUAAUGGGUUCUUGUAAAUUUAAAGUGCGAUUUUCACUGA